AUGGGAGGCGGCAAUCUUGAACUUCUUUUACAGAUCCUAGAAGAUUAUGGUAUAUCUUUUGAUCGUAAUGCAAUCAAAUCCGAUUAUGCUCGUAGUCCGGCUGCGGUUGAAGCUUGGAUUUCAAAAUAUCUUGGUCCAGAAACACUAUUGACUAAAGAUGAAGUCGCACUAUACGGGGUACUGUCACAAUCAGGGGAUGCAGAUAAAGUAGCAAACUUACAGAAUCCAUCGAGUAUAUCCGAUCUGAGUGAUGAACAACUUCAUACCGCUAUUGAGGAAUUACAACGAUCUACUACCGCGAUUGAAAAACAAAGCGAAGCACUACGAUCGCAACAAAAUGCCCUGGCUUUAAUUGUCAAGAACAAUAAGAAGGUGGGAGUAGCUCGAACAGAAGCAGAUGCAAAACAGCUACGGAAAUGGGAAGCAGAAAAUGGUCAGGUCUCCUCAGCGGUGGAGGAAUUGUCUCAAAAUCUGAUGUAUCAGCUCUCGGACUUGGAGCAACAAAAUAAAAUAUCACAAUCCGAUGCCAAACAAACGGUGGACGAGAUCUUCAAGGCGGAUGAUAGAUUGUUAACAAGUUUGCAAAAGCUUGCGGAAGAGCUUGAUCCUGAAUCUUCAGAAGAUCAUGAUACUAUUUCAAGAAUACGGGAUCUUUGUGCGAGGUAUAUUAAACAUACUGUCGAUGGAGUUAGGACAAAGCUUGAUCGGAUUUACCUCGAAGCUCUUAAUGGUACUUCUGGUGCAGAUCCCCAAGCUGCAAACAAGCAGGAAGUCACCGAAUUACAAGAAGAGUUCGAAUCAUUAUAUUCCGAGGUAUUACCUGUGGCUCAAAUGUCUGCCGAACAACAAUAUCUGGAACCAGCAUUACGGGAAAUCGCUGCCAAAGGAGAUUCGGGACAAGAUCGAGCUUACCAAGCUUUGAAAUACAUGCAAGAAUGCCUUAGUUUUCUUGUCGAGCGUACAGAGAUAUAUGCAGAACAUAUCGAAGAAUACCAGUGUCAGCAGAUGGCCACUAAAUUUGCAAUAGACACCGGAAAGAAAGAGCUUCAACAUCAAGUAGCUUCACAGUCUAGCAAAUCCAUUACACGUCAGCGACAAAACUCUCAGGCACAAGCACAAUCUCGUAAUAAUCGCCGACGUUCUUCAAUGUUUGAAGAGAUGGACGCCGAACAACAAUUACUCCGCAAUUUGGGCAUCACACUUCCGAACGAAAGCGACACUGAUGACGCGCGGACUGAAUUUCUGGAGAAAUCUCUUCAAGACAGGACAGAGAAACUUCAGAAUCACAUGGCCAAUUUGGAUUUAACAACUGAAACCACCAUAUCUUCACAUGUGCAUAAUGCCGAUGUCACAAUGAAACUUCUUUACAAUGCCCUUCAAGCUGAUUCGGUAUACGGGGAGGUUCAACUACUUGAUCCAGAUAUUGUAUCGUCAUUUAAUACAUUUGAGGAGGAAAUCAAGAAUUUACAGGAAAAUCUCGAAGCCGUAAAUCUACAAAGGUUACAACUAAAGAAUGUUCAUAAAGAGCAGCUGAUAAAACGUUGGUCAAGGUGA